UAGUCAUAGCCGAAUCGUGGCCGUGUUCACCCAUCGCUCCGUCGCUCCGUCGCUCCGUCGCCUCGUCGCCUUGUCGCGUCGCAUAACAAGAAUAAUACACCGCAAUAAUUAUCUAUAAUAAAUGCCAAUAAACAGUGGUGCAAAGUGCUCAAGACAUGUUCGGCAAUGUGAUGGUCGUGUGGCUCUUCUGGGCCGUUUCGGUGAGAGUGACUGUUGGCCAAAUCAUACCGCUGCCGACGUUCUGCCAGCAGGUGGACCCGCCCUGUAGCUGUGCGGCGGAGGCGAAUGUGGUGCGCUUCCACUGCCCCGACGAGUACGCCCUGCUGCUGGAGAUGUCCGAGCUGGGGCCCUCCAUCUACGUCAGCUACUACGCCGUCGACGGGCUGACCUGGCUGCCGCGCUUCAACAUAACCGAGCUGGUCAAGAUCGAGUUCGACGCGUACAACUUCUGGCCCGCGACCUUUGUCGACGACCUGCUCGACGGCCUGGGAGUGGAGUCAGUGGAGACCAUGCGCUUCCGGGACCGCACCUCGGAGACGGUGGUGACCAAAGACGUCUUCGACGUGACCGAUCAGCAUGAUAGCACAGCCCCUCCGGCGAACAUCUCAACAUGGUAUUUCGGCUCAGUUCCCGGGCUGAAGAAGCUAAAGUUUGUCAGUGAUGUCAAGCAGCUGCAGGAGUCAAUAUUCCAGGCCUUCGACAGUCUCACAGAACUGGAGCUCUCCGUGAAUGUGCAGGUUUUGCCGGGCAAACUGCUCUCCUCGGUCACGGGCAGCCUGGAGAAGCUGAUCAUCGAGAGUCCCAGCGUGGUGCAGUUCGAGCAGCCUCUGAUGCGAGAGCUCCAGCAGCUGCGGAACCUCAGUCUGCAGCUGACGGGUCCGCAACGGGAUCGCAACGACGAGCUGCAGCCGCAUCUCUUCAGCUCCAUGAAGCAACUGGUGGAGGUGCGCUUGUCCCAGGCCACUGGGCAUGUCAACAAGAGCAUGUUCAAGGGCAGCGAAAUGUUGCGCCUGAUCAGAAUCAACGGCAACGAGGACCUCGAAAGGCUGCCCGGCGGAAUGUUCCGAGAUCAGGGGAACCUGAAAACACUAGAUCUAUCCUGCAACGGGCUGAACAGGCUGUCCGAGCAGGUCUUCUACGGCCUGGGCAACCUAACCAUUCUGGAUCUAUCCAAAAAUAGACUCACCAACUUAUCAAGCACGAUAUUUACCCCACUCACUUCGCUGAAUAUAUUAAGCUUGAACAAGAACUCCCUGACUGCCCUGGCGCCGACCGUGUUUCAAGAAGUGCGAAGCCUGAACUUCAUCGACAUGUCGAACACCCAGUUCUACGGGGCCACUCUGAUGAUGAGCUACGAGGCCAUAAUCUGCACCAACGACGAGACGUGCCAGUACAAGUCGGAGGACUGGCAGUGCGACCAGCGCUGCAUCUGCUGGGUGCAGAGGAACUCGUGCAAGCUGAUCGUCGACUGCAGAGGAGCCAGCCUGGAGGAGCUGCCCGCGCUGCCCCACACAACGCUCGUCAGCACGGUGGUGAAGGUGGGAAACAACAGCCUGACCCAGCUGCCCGCGACGGUCAGCCAGCACACUGGCUAUGCCAAUGUCAGUGCCCUUCUGCUGGCCGACAAUCUGAUUACCAGUCUGGGCUCGGGGGCGCAGCUUCCCGUCAACCUGAGCAGCUUGGAUGUGCGCCGAAACCAAAUAAGUGUGGUCAGCGAGGAGUUCAUCACGUUUCUGCAGGAGGAGAACAAUUCAAUGACCAUUUCGCUGUCGGGUAAUCCCCUAAUCUGCGACUGCGAUGCCCUGCCGCUGCUGUUCUUUAUCAGGACCAGUCCCCAGCGGGUGGACGACAUUGCUGAGCUGCAGUGCAGUCGUCAGAACAAGGCUCUCCAGCAAAUGGAGGCCUUCGACCUGUGCCCGUCGUAUGUCCUGCUCAUCAGCUGCAUUGUGGGCGGCCUGGUGAUUGUGGUCUGCCUGAUCAGCGUGUUCUACCUUAUGUUCCAGAUGGAACUGAAGAUCUGGCUGUACAACAACAACCUGUGCCUGUGGUGGGUCUCUGAAGAGGAGCUGGACAAGGACAAGACCUACGACGCGUUCAUUUCGUACUCGCACAAGGACGAGGAGCUGAUCAGCAAACUCCUGCCCAAGCUUGAGUGUGGCCCGCAUCCCUUCCGCAUAUGUCUGCACGAUCGCGACUGGCUGGUGGGUGACUGCAUUCCGGAGCAGAUCGUGCGCACCGUCGACGACUCCAAGAGGGUGAUCAUCAUCCUGUCGCAGCACUUCAUCGACUCGGUGUGGGCCCGCAUGGAGUUCCGCAUUGCCUAUCAGGCCACACUGCAGGACAAGCGCAAGCGCAUCAUCAUCAUCCUCUACAGGGAACUGGAGAACAUGAACGGCAUUGACAGCGAGCUGAGGGCCUACCUGAAGCUCAACACCUAUCUCAAGUGGGGCGAUCCACUCUUCUGGAGCAAACUUUGCUAUGCCAUGCCCCACAAUCGCCGUGUGCUAAAGGGCCAAAAGAAGCAUGCAGGCCCUCUCGUCUGAGAAUAUAUACGUAUACUUAGUCGAUAUAUGCGGAUAUAUUGUACUCUGUGGCUGCUCUACUCGGGUCUUAAUGGGCGUUUCUUCCUUCAGGUCGGCACCGACCGAAAAAGCUUUCAGUCCUUCGAAAGGACUGUUGAUUGGGGCAAGCCCUGGAAAAGACCCUGAACUUGUGGCCAAAAAUGCUAGAUUCUAUGCGUAUGGAUCCACUGCUUACGGUUCGAAUCAAUUUCGGAGUCAAUGUAUUAGUUCUAGUUGAUAUUCAUGAAGUUUUCACAGAAAAUGUCUGGUGAUAAUAUUAAGAAUAAAACCAUCUACUUUAAGCAAAUAUUAAAUGAAUAGUAUAGUUCGUUUUGCAGGGUCGUGAAUAAAGCCACUGCUAUACAA